CGCGGCGCCAUGGCCGGCGGCUCCGCGGGCGCGCUCGCGAGGGCGCUGGUGGCGCUGGAUGGUGGUGGUGCAGCAGAUAAGAUUCGUUUAAUACCUCAAGACUUUUUUGCAGAGCUGUGUGAACAAAUAAUUCAGCAUCUGAACCAUAAGAUCCCAGGUAUAAAUACAGCUGAAUUGUGUCAGAGAAUUCAAACAUCGGGGGUUGACAUUAAUAUUGGUGACCUGGCAAAAGUAGCUAACACUCUUUCAUUUCUAUUUAGCACAGCAGCCAGGAACAACCUCUCUACAGAGGAACUCGUCACCUCCUUGGGCAGUGGCGUCAGCACUCUGCCAAAACACGCGGUUCAGGUUAUUCGGCACGUGUGGAACGAGCAGGGCAAAGCCAUCGCUGUGUCAGAAGAUGCAACAACUACGGCCACAGUGGGGCAGUUUGUAGAUAUGAAAUGGAAGCUGGGAGUUGCGAUGAGCUCUGACACCUGCAGGUCUCUGAAGUACCCCUAUGUCACAGUGACACUAACAGUGGCAGACCCUUCAGGACAAAUAACAGACAAAUCUUUUGAAAUGACGAUCCCACAGUUCAAGAACUUCGUCAGACAGUUCAAGGAAAUGGCAUCUGUUCUUGAAACAGUUUGAAGGGAACUUUUAUUUCCAGUGACAUGUUGGAGGAAGAUCAAGUAAACUUUCCAUUCUGCAUAGGGAAUAAAGUGCCAUUGUUCAGCAAGGUAUGUAUCCUUGUCUUCUUGACAGGACUUGGUCAGCAUCAUCCUUGCAUUGCUGUGAAGAUUUCUUUGCUUUUGAUUACUUGAAGUCAACUCUGCAGUGUUUGUGAGAACAUGUCCAGCUUUGCUCAUCCUGGUAGACAAAAGAUCAGGAUGUGUAAGGAGAAGCAUCUCUCUAGACUUCCUAAUGCCCACGUAAGAAACUACACACUAAA